AUUUUGCGCAUGCAUGUAAGCACAUUAGACUGCAGUUUGAUGUUAUUUGCGCUGGUGCUCUGCUGCCUCUAUUGUCUUACUAUUUGCCGUCCAUGAUAUCAAUGACUUCCUCAAUGCCUGCCAAUUGAGGACACGAGCCUUGGCGUGGGCUGUUCAGUCUUACGUGGGUGCAGUGCUGAAGGAGAUAGCGCUUGAUUGCUGUGCUCUUUGAAUCCUAAGCUCUCACAGUCGACAUGCUUUGGUGACCUUCCCUAUGUGUAUUGCAAAGUAUAUCUGAGAGAACAGUAACAGUCAGUGUGUAUAAGUAUUUGGAACGUCAGGGUCAGGACAGUGUGCUUCCUGAACCAGUCAAAACAGGACUUGAGAAUUUAUUGGAUGAUCAUAAACAUCAGCAGUCUUGAGCAAAAUAACUCAUGAUCGGCUGUCUUGCGACACCGUUGAAAAGCAGUAGACAUUAUAAUAUAACUCAUACCUUCAGUUAAAUUGAAUACCAUGGAGUAUAACAGAGCAGGACCAUUAGAAAUGCCUCGAUGGUCGGUUUACGAUGGAGAGGAACACUGGCGGUUCAUGGAGAAGCUGGAGGCCCGGAUUAGGAACCAUGACCGGGAGAUUGAGAAAAUGUGCAACUUCCAUUUCCAAGGAUUUGUAGACUCUAUCACAGAGCUGCUGAAAGUGCGGGGAGAAGCACAGAAGCUGAAGAUUCAAGUGACAGACACCAACAACAAGCUGCAGGAAUCAGGGAGAGAGCUACUCACUGAAAUGGAGGAACUGAAGAAGUGUCGUUCACAGCAAAGGAACAUAGCGGCCACAGUGGACCAACUGACACUCUGUCUACCAGUACUAGAGAUGUACAGUAAAUUACGGGAGCAACUGAAGACUAAAAGACACUAUCCUGCAUUGAAGACGAUGGAGCACAUGGAACACACGUUCUUGCCUCGGGUAAAUCCCUAUCGUUUCUGCACAGUAAUGGUGGAGGAUAUUCCCAAAUUACGGGAGGAGAUAAAAGAAGUUUCCAUGUCUGACUUGAAGGACUUCUUGGAGAGUAUCCGCAAGCAUUCGGACAAAAUUGGAGAGACUGCUAUGAAACAGGCCCAUCAACAGAGGAGCCUGGAUAAUGUUGUCUCUCAGCAGCAUAAGGUCGGAACUGGGAAGAAAGUGAAGAAAGAUGGUGGAAUUGGUUUUGAUGCUGAGAUGGAAAAUACUAGCCCAAUGUCUGAGCAGGAUUCUGGAAUCUUAGAUGUCGAAGAUGAGGAGGAUGAAGAAGAGGUACUAAGUGCCCAAGAUCUCGUCGACUUUUCUCCCGUGUACAGAUGUCUGCACAUAUAUACUGCUCUGGGUGCCCAAGAUACAUUUGAGAACUACUACAGGAAACAAAGAAAGAAACAGGCCCGCUUAGUCCUGCAGCCUCCUUCCAACAUGCAUGAAACACUAGACGGCUACAGGAGGUAUUUUAAUCAAAUUGUAGGGUUUUUUGUGGUUGAAGACCACAUAUUGCACACCACCCAGGGUCUGGUGAACAGAGUGUAUAUUGAUCAACUGUGGGAGCUGGCAGUGUCCAAAACCAUGUCAGCGCUCAGGACUCAUUCAUCAUAUUGCUCUGACCCAAACUUGGUCUUGGAUUUGAAGAACCUUCUGGUACUCUUUGCAGACACGCUCCAGGGUUAUGGAUUUCCAGUAAAUCAGUACUUCGACAUGCUACUCGAAAUCAGAGAUCAGUACAGUGAAAUUCUGCUCAAGAAGUGGUCGGGGGUCUUCAGAUAUAUUUUAGAGUUGGAUAACUACAGUGCUAUUCCAGUCUCGAAUGAAGAGGAGUACAAGAGAGUGAUGGGUCAAUUUCCAUUCCAUGAUCCAGAGCUGGAAAAUCAACCCUUCCCCAAAAAGUUUCCAUUCUCUGAAUUUGUGCCCAAAGUCUACUCCCAGAUUAAAGAGUUUAUCUAUGCCUGCCUCAAGUUUUCAGAGGACUUACAUCUAAGCUCAACUGAAAUAGAUGACAUGAUCCGGAAAUCCACUAAUCUCCUUCUGACCAGAACACUGAGCAACUGUUUACAAAAUGUCAUCAAGAAGCAGCAUGUAGGACUAACUGAGCUUGUGCAGAUUAUCAUCAACACCACGCAUCUAGAGCGAUCUUGCAAAUUUCUGGAAGAGUUCAUCACGAACAUUACCAAUGUACCACCAGAAACCAUUCAUGCCACCAGGCUAUAUGGUACAGCCACCUUCAAGGAUUGUCGACAUGCUGCAGAGGGGGAGAUCUAUACCAAGCUAAAUCAGAAGAUUGACCAAUUCUUGCAACUGGCGGACUAUGACUGGAUGAGAGCAGAGCCCAACGGUCAUGCCAGCGAUUAUUUGGUUGACCUCAUUGCAUUCCUGCGCAGUACAUUUGCUGUGUUCACGCACUUACCAGGCAAAGUGGCUCAGACAGCCUGCAUGUCUGCCUGCAAACACCUCUCUACAUCUCUGCUACAGCUGCUCCUGGAUACUGAAGUCAAGCAGAUCACCAUGGGAGCCUUAAAACAGUUUAACAUGGACAUUGAAGAGUGUGAGCACUUUGCCAGAUCCGGACCGGUGCCUGGGUUCCAAGGGGACACGCUGCAGUUGGCCUUCAUCGACUUGAGACAACUCCUGGAUCUCUUCAUCCAGUGGGAUUGGUCAACGUACCUAGCUGAUUAUGGGCAGUCCAACUGCAAAUACCUGCGGGUGAAUCCAAUGACAGCCCUCGCCCUGCUGGACAAAAUGAAAGAUACCAGCAGGAAGAACAAUGUCUUUGCACAGUUCCGUAAGAAUGAACGUGACAAGCAGAAGCUCAUCGAUACGGUGGCAAAACAGCUCAGGAGUUUGAUCAACAGCAUGUCCCACCAACAUUGAAUUUGUUCCCAUCUUUCACUCCUUCCCUUCUUUCUUCCUCCAUCCCUCUUAGUUGCACAUAUUGCUGGAUUUUGGGCAAUGUGUCAUGAUGACCAUGGAAACCAAGACCAGUUCAUUCCUUUAAAGGGGUGACAAGUGUUUUUUUUUAUCGUUGUUGCUUUUGUUUGUUUACAAACUCGCUGUGGAAUGUUGCAAACUGCCUCGCAAGGCAUCGUGAGGCUGCUGUGAUGGUAACGUACAACGGGGUCUUAUGUGGCUUUGCUAAUCACUUCAAGGACAUGAUGCCCCCUUUGCAAGAAAAAAAAACACAUCUCUUUUUAGUUCAGAGGUUUUCUUAAUGGAUGAGAGAACUUUGCGCAGCAGUUCUAAGUGAAAAUCUUCAGAUCCUAUGUGAGAUUUUAUGACCGACAGAAAAUUGGAGGGUUCCUUGAAAUUCUGGAGCAUUGAUCCUCCACGUGGACUGCGCAAUGAAAUAGUUCUCCUUCAUCAGCCACAAAUCCGCUUCCUGUCUCUCCAUUCCACAUCCAUUCCAGGCCACCCUGCGUUGAGUGGAGCUAUACAUUAAAACCUCAUCACUGCCAUUUGCCAUCAGAUUAACUCAUUAACUAAGAGAUGUGACUUGGACCAACACCCUUCCAAUUGGAUAUCAAGACUCGUGAUUGUCAAAACAAAAAUCAGUAUACAUUCUUUUGUUCAUGGUGCCUUUUUUCAAUAGUACAAAAAAAGCAAACAUUGUUGACAUUUGUAAAGGGAAUGGUGCUGCCAACAGAACAACAUUAGUAGUCAUGCAAUCAGUAACAGAGAUUGCGGGGAGAGGGAUUGCCGAGUGACAUGGGUGCUGGUUAGUUCAGUUGUCUGGCUAGUGUGUUUGCAAUGCAGAGUGAUGCCAACAGUGGAGGUUCAAUACCUGAACCAACUUAGUGUACCACAAUGGGGGCACAUUCUCAACCUCUCCUCUCGCCUAAGGCUUCAGCUAAACUCAUUCUUUCUAGUGAGCUAGAACCCCAAUGGUCCACUGGGGCAUGGCACCUUUACUAAAUUUUACUGAGUGACUGUAAGGGAGCUAAAUUAAAAUCAGUAGAGAUGCGGUCAUAGGGUUGUGUGGCACAGAAACAGACCCUUCGGUCCAACUCGUCCAUGUUGACCAGAUAUUCUAAAUUAAUCUAGCCCCAUUUGCUAGCAUUAGUCCCAUAUCCCUCUAAACCCUUCCCAUUCAUGGACCCAUCCAAAUUAUUUUUAAAUGUUGUCAUUGUACCAGCCUCCACUACUUCCUGUGGCAGCUCGUUCCAUACACACACCACUCUCUGUGUGAAAAUGUUGCCUCUUAGUCUGUCACCUUAAACCUGUGCCCUCUAGUUUUGGACAUCCCUACCCUGGGGAAAAGACCUUGGCUAUUCACCCUAUCCAUACCUCUCAUGAUUUUACAAACCUCUAGAAUUAUCCUCCGACACUCCAGGGAAAAUAGCCCCAGCCUAUUCAGCUUCUCCCUACAGCUCAAACCCUCUAACCCUGGCAACACCCUUGUAAAUCUUUUCUGAACCCUUUCAAGUUUCACAAUGUCUUUCGAUAGCAGGAAGAUCAGAAUUGCUGUAUUUUAGUAGUGGCCUCACCAGUGUCCUGUACAGCCGCAACAUGACCUCCCAACUCCUAUACUGAGUGCACUGAUCAAUAAAGGCAAACAUGCCAAAUGCCUUCUUUACUACCCUGUCUACCUGCAACUACACUUUCAAGGAAUUAUGAACCUGUACCCCAGGGUCUAUUUGUUCAGCAACAUUCCCCCAGACCCUACCAUUAAGUGACUAAGUCCUGCCUCGAUGUGCCUUUCCAAAAUUCAGCACCUCAUAGUUAUGCAAAUUAUCUAAAUAAGUCAGUAACACAGGGCACUGGAUAAGGCAACUCAAUAUUUCAGUACCAAUCGUGCACAGCUAGACACGGAAUGUGCAAACUCUGCCCUUUGGACCAUAUCUAGUUGGGUUCAGACAGACUUUGUUACGUGUGAUACCUCAGGGACCUUGUGUUUUCCCUGUAACAAAAACAAACAAAUGUGUGCAGUUCACUAGCACAGAGAAUCAGGAAGCUUCUCAGUAUUUAUCCCAUCAGGAUUACAGUUCCCAUUAUCGUAUUGCUGUCUCUUGCUUAACAGAGCCAGGUGGAAGAAUGUCCACUGGAGGGGAUAGACUGAUGUAUCAACAGCUCAGAACUGAGCUCACAUGAGUGGCCUCGUUGACAUUUAUGUCGAGCAACUUGACUUAGACAUCAGGGUGUGUGAGUGUAACCUACCAUUGUAUCGUUAUCACCAGUUUGUCUCUCAAAGUGACUCAAAUAGUGGAUAAAUAAGGAACUUACUGAUGAAAGACGAACAAGCACCACAGCACUUGUGACGUUAAAGUGGGAAGAGUUGCAAAGGAGGCAGCUGCCUCAACAUCAGUACACUCACCCUGCGUGAACCAAAUCUCAUUGCAGGAUCUGUCUUUCAUUAGUAUGUGAGAUUUCACAUAGACUUUCAUAGUUCUUGUGAUUGUUCAACUUUACUUGUAGCAGAUGGAAUGCCUGAUUUGCAAUCACUGUUGACUUUUAAGGCACAGUCAAGUGUGCAGGCCCAGCAUGGGUUGAGAAGCAAAAUUCCUUUGCGUGUAUCAGCUGUAAAAUGAAGAGAGUGCCCACUGCUGCUGCAGUGUGAGUAUUCCUUCGGCCAGCCCAGCCAAACACUGUAACUUCAAAGGAAUUGGAGGGCCAAUAUAGAGGAUCAAUGAGAGGAGCUCACAAUUACUACAAGAAAAUAAGAGUAGCAGCUCCCAAGAGCUAGAUUUGUUGUUUCACCCAAGGUUGAGUGGAUAAUUUACAUAUAUUGGAUCAUUCCUGAAACACUCCUGUCAUUCAGACAAGAAUGUGAAAUAUUGUACAGCAGAAUUGCACUUUCACUUCAAGAAUAUCUACCUUCCAGAGGUAGCAGAUGUUGUGUUUGUCCUCUCCGCCUCCAACCCUAUCUCUCUGUCUCACCAACUGAUCUUGCUGAGAGCUCCAGUUGAGAUGAAUUCUCUUUGACCUGCAAACCAUCAGUUUAGUUGGGAAGAAUUAAACUAGCUUUGUGACUGGUCACAACCUGUGACCCUUUUUCUCCUUCAGGCAGUUGAACUAUGUGUGGAUGAAAUUUGGAAUGUGAUGUCCCCACCUAAAAAUAUUCUGCCUGUUGACUACUCUCCGGACAGGCUGGGAUUAAGGUCGACCUGCUUAGCAAAACUGGACUGCAACAAGAAUCAACAUCUUCAGGAGAGACGAAAUGAUGACUGAGGCAAGAAUAUGCCUACAAGUACUUCUGCCUUGGGACAGUUUUAUUUUACUAUCAGUAAUAAUGUUACUGACUCUGAAGGCAUUCUCAGUGCUGCUUUUAAGUGUUUCCUUCAUCAAGAUUACCAGACUGGCACAAUUGGUGAUAAAUCUGAAAUUCCUUAAAGAACUGUUGUGACCUCUUUCUCCCUACUGUGAGCAGCAUCAGAUACUCAAUUGUAUUAACAAGAUAAGCAGGACAAAAAUUGAAGUCUAUGCUUGUUGGAAGUUGGAGGUUAAAAGGGAUAGAAAGCCAUAGAUUUUACAGUCACCAUCUGUUAGAGGUAAGGUUAGUGACUGACCAGAUGCAAUCUGAUUAAGGCCUGAAUAGAACAACAACAUCUUGUAUUUAUAUAAUACCUUUACUGUAGCACAGUUUACAAUGAUGCUUCACAGGCAAAACCUGGCACUGAACCACAUAGGAUGGUAUUAAAGCAGAUCAGUAAAAGACUGGUCAAAGAGAGAUCUUACAUAGUAUUUUUAAGGAGAGGAGAGAGGUGGGAGAGGUUUUAGCAGGAUUUUGGAACUUGUAGCCUCCUAGGGAUGGCAGUCGAAUAACUUUAAGGGCGCUCAGGCCAAAAUUAGAAGGAGUGCAGAUAUCUAAGACAGAGUUGGAGGAGAUGACGGGCAUGGGAAAAUCUGUUAUCCACAGAUCUGAAAACACUUUGAAAUAAGUGUUUUGUUUAAUUGAGAAUCUGUGGGUCAGCAAGCACAAUGUACUGUCUGAACAGUACUUAUUGUAACUUCGAACACAGACAACAGAGUUUUGGACUGUCUCAGGAUAGAACAUGGGAGGAGAGCCAUAAUGCAUUGGAAAUGCCAACUCUAGAGAAAACAAAGGCAUGGAUGAAGUUUCUGGAGAUGAUCAUCUGAGGCAACAGAGAUGAUGGACACAGUGGGCUGAACGGCCCCCUUCAUGAAUCUUUCUGUAUUGCAGAGAUGGAAAUAGGCAGUCAAACUGGUGGCAUGGAGAUGUAGAAGCUCAUAUUGUUAACUGUGAUGCCAGUUUGCAAAUGAUCUGAUUCAGCUUGGGAUUAUUGAAGAGACGAGAAAAAGAAAUAUAAGUUUGUAGCUAUGAAGAGGAGUUUGAGAUGGGGCAGGAGGCGAUGGUGUUAAUCUUCCCAAUAUUUGGAGGAAAUUUCUGAUUAUCCGCUGCUGGAUGUCGUACACACAGUUUAAUAAUUUAGAAAGGGUUGAGAAAUCAAGAGUGAAGUAGAGCUGAGUAUAAUCUAUGUAUGUGUUUCUGACUGACCACCAAAAUGGCAGCAGAUGAAUGAGCAGGAACCCAGGAUCUAUUCCUAGCAUCUCUAGCAUAAUGGCACUCAAGCAGAAAGAGAAGUCGCCACAGG